AAACAACAUGAGGGUGAGUAAUUUAUAUUCGUUAUAUUUAUAUUCAUUUUUGGGUGGACUAACCUGUUAACUCUGAACUUUCUUUAAUCUCAGAGUUUAAGGUAAUUUUGUUGAAAUAAAUGAAACUUUUUCAUUUACAAUAAAACUAAGUUGCAUGUACAAAAUACCAUAGUAUUGUACAAAUACAAUAGACAAUAGGCCUACAACAAUUUAAUUUAAUUUAAUUUUUUGUAGUAAUAUCACCUUCUUGCUUGGACUAAAGUGACUUUAACGCACCUUACGUCAUAAUUACGGCUUCCCAAUUCGUAAAUACGAACUUCCUCGGAGGACUUGAAUGCACUAUUAAUUACAGAUGUCAUAACAUUCAUAAAAAUGAUUAGCCUAGAUUUUCAUUUCAUUAGUUACAGAUUCAUGAGGCCUAAAUAACAGGUGUCUUCACUGGUCGGCCAAGAAACAAUUAUAUUAUUGCAACAGAUUAAUCACAGUUGGUAAGGGUUUCAGUUUCAGUCCCUCUGAUUUUUCACGUGACUGCUGCCAGAUGAGCGGCGCCUGGCUGUAAGAUGUGUGGCACGAGGUGUUAUCUGGGCUUGUCUAAUAUGCUUAAGCAUGUUUUAAUUGGCUAAACUCUACUAUAUUCUGAUCCACAGCUAUUUCAGGGCAUGUAAAACAUGGGUGUUUUGAAGACAUGGCAGGCACAAGCAAGGAACAAUCCAAUUCAAAUCGCUAGAAAAUCAGUUAUUGGCAGUGUUAUUUUAAUAACUGCAGCAAAGUUCAUAAUACACUUCAUGUGCAAUUCCCAGCACACACAUGAUCUGUAAGGUUUACUGUUAAAUGGUUUUAUAAGUGUAAUAUUCUUUAGUGGUUGUAUUGUCUGAAUUAAAUUUGCAAUAUAAUUCAAAGUUAAUUGAAAAAUAAUUUGCUAAUUUGUUUUUUUGAGUCAGUCAUUCAGCACGAAAAUAUGCCAGCUUUAACCACAGAAAUGAAGCAGUGACAAUCUCUCUGGCAGCUGCCAUUUCUGAAUGUUAAUCCACAAAUCUCUUGUAAUCAGGAUGAGUGGACAUUCCUGUCUUAACAAAGCACCUGUGUCAAGAUUUAGAAGGAUUCCUCAGUGAUCGGAGACCUAAGUGUCCAAGCAGACUCAGAGGGCUGGGAGGAGGGGACAGGCAGGGACACGGCUCUGUCCGGUGGGAUCACACAGUCUACUGUAAGAAUCCAUAGUGGGAGGACUACACAGACACAGCAGGAGGAAUGAUCUGAUCACCCAGAGAAACGUGGACAACAUUAAACAUUCUUCUGAGCACUUUUAAUGAUUCCAGGGAGGGAGCAGCGAGGACGCAGAUGAUGAUGAAGUGCCUGCUGAGUGUGUGAGUCCUGGCUCGUGCUGGCCAGAUGGCUGAGGUUAAAGUCACGGUGCUGGAGGAUCCAAAUCUGGGCUCCGGUCCAGAUGAGGAUGCCUCUGAGUUGUCAGUUUCUGAGAAUGAUUCAGAUUCUGGGAGUGUGCUGUCAGAUGACUCCGUGCUCCCUAAAUAUGAGCGGGAAGAUGCCAGUGGAGGUCCUGCCAACACCUUGUACCAAGCCUGUGCCAAGAACAAUGCAGCAGCCCUCCGCAGAGUUCUGGAGAGGGGUGUUUCAAGAGACGAAGUCAUGGAACUAGACAUAAACGGCAGGAACGGUCUGAUGUUGGCCGUCUCAAAAGGCUUUGUGGAUAUUGUGUAUGGACUCAACCAGUGCCCACUUCUGGAUAUCAAUCAUCAGGAUAAUGAUGGCAACACUGCUCUCAUGAUCGCUGCACAGGCUGGUUUUGUAACCAUCCUCACCUACAUCCUAAAUUUCUUCUCUGGGGUGGACAUGGAGCUCCGGGACAACCGAGGCUUCACCGCACUCAUCAAGGCAGUCAUGCAGGGCAGCGAUGACUGUGUGGCCUCACUGCUCAUGGCUGGGGCCGACAUAAAUGUUGUGGAUGCCACAAGGGGGAAGGAUAUACGAGAAUGGGCUUUGAAGACAGGUCGCUUUGACACAUUGAACAGACUUAGACGGCUGAACAAUAGACCUCAGGCUGAACAAUUCUGUGAAAAAUAUGUCCCAGAGUGGCCUGACCUGAAGCUGCUGGUGGCCAAGGCCACAGCCACAAAAAGCACAGGACAGAAAGUCGCCCAUCGCCUGAAGUCCACGUUCACCUUUAGUUUUCCACAUGACCCCCAGGACAAUGGCAUAAUGGACCAUAUGGUGCGUAUGACCACAAGCAUCCACAGUCCCUUGGUGGUCACCGGAUGCCGUCCGCUGUGUCCCUCAAGCCCGCCGGAGAUCGGCAAGAGACGCCUGGCAGUGCCUGAGCUUAUGCAGAUGCAUCCUGGGAAAAAGCUUGAGGAGCACGUGAUACGGCACAGCAGCAGCUCCCUCUCUGUCGCGUCUACCUCUGCCUCUUCUGCCUCGCUGGCCUCGUGCUGCUCCAACUCGGAGCGGAGAGGCAGCGUGCUCUCGAUGGCCUCCAACGGCGUCCGUAAGUUCGUCCCGCGCAGCAUGGCCCGCCGCAAUAGCGUGUUCCCUGCCGGGUGCGUCCCCCAAAUCAAAGUGACCAAGUCUGGAGACCCAACACCCAAAAAGGAGAAGAAGAAAAAGCGAACCAAAGGUUACUUAGAGCCACCAAUAUGGAAGUACAAGGAAGCUAAAGAGGAGAAGAAAAAAGAGAAGAAAAAAGCAGAACAAGAGAAAGCGGAUAAAGAAUCCAAGAAAAAAGUUAAAAAAUGAAUAAACUUCCAACAGGUUGCCAUGAUGCUCUCAGGUUUGUCUGCCAUCCUUCUAGAUCGUUCAUAUCUGCUCCUAAGAGGUACAAGGGAAAUGGAUCAUGCUUCUACGGAUGGAUAUUAUUCUCAAAGUUGUUUUAAAUGAAAUGCAGUCUAAAGACAUUUGAUUAAUCCAUAUAACCUCAAAAUGAUUAAUACCUCUCCAACAACCAGUAGGCCUAUAUUUACAUCCAUUUUUAACAUUUUCUUAUGUAUUCAGGUCUUCUUUUCUAAGCCCAUUCUACUCGAUGAGUUUACAAUGGCAUCUUUAUUUAUUUUAAUGGAUGAUUUUAAAAGACUUCUAAAGCUACACUAUACUGUUCAUAAGUUUGGGGUCGGUAAGAUUUAGUCAUUUAAUGUUUUUAAAAGACAUCUCUUUUGUUCACCAAGACCGAUAUACAGUAAAAAGCUGAAAUAUUCUGAAAUAAUAUUACAGUUUCAAAAUAACUGUUUUCUGUGUUAAUAUAUUUUAAAAUGGCAUUUAUUCCUGUGAUUGGCAAAGCUGAACUUUCAGCAUCAUUACUCCAGUCUUCAGUGUCACAUGAUCCUUCAGAAGUCAUUCUAAUAUGAUGAUUUGCUGCUCAGGUAACAUUUCUUAAUAUUAUCAAUGUUAAAAACAGUAAUAUUUUUGUGGAAACCAUUUUUUGGGAUUAGAAAGUUCAAAAGAACAGCAUUUAUUUGAAAUAGAAAUAUUAUAAAUGUCUUUAAUGUCACUUUUUAAAAUCCUCCUUGCUGAGUAAAAGCAUUAAUUUCCUUCAAAAAAAAAAAAAAAAAAAAUCUUACCACAAACUUUUGAACGGUAGAGUAUUUGUCUCUUUACUGUUAUUUUCAUUUGUCUGUAUUGCACUCCAAUAUUUAAAUGUCUCAGCAUAGCAGUUUGACUGUUCACUUUGACAGCACUUUAAUAGUUUAAAUAUUUUAUCAUAUCGGCAAAAGGACACAAUAUUUAUCAUUCCUAUUUGCCUCUAUGCAAUUGUUUGAAAUUAAUAUUUAUGGAUUUGUUCAUUAUUAUAUCUUCUUGUGUCUCAGGGAAAGCACUUAUUGUGUACUUUAUAAAACCAGGCACUAAAGUGACCCCAUGAAAAGCAAAAUCUAUGCAACACCCUGCAUUUAUUUAUUAUGGUUAUUAUUGGUCUGUGCAUGAUGAUCCUCCAGACUGCAAGAUGGAAUUUGUACUGUACAUUGCACCAGCCAACAUUUGUUUCUGUUUGUUUUUGACUUACUAUAUGUUGUGAUAAUCUAGUUGUAUAUAAAUUGAAAACAAAGACAUUUUAUGAAACAAAGAAGUCUAAUUCAAUAAAGUUUAAACACCUA